AUGCAGGAGAACAAUAACACAGCAGUCACAGAGUUUGUAUUCUUAGGAUUUCAAGUGAGCCAAAGUUUAAGAAAUUUACUGUUCAUUCUAUUCCUGGUGGUUUACUGUGGUACAAUAUGUGGGAACUUCCUGAUCAUCACCCUGGUGUCCACCAGCAAGAAUCUCCACACUCCAAUGUACUUCUUCAUAUCACAACUUUCCAUCAGUGACAUGAUGUUGUCCACAGCCAUUGUCCCCAACAUGUUUCACAUCCUGCUGAAUAAUGGGGGGAUCAUUACGUUUAUUGGUUGUAUGACUCAGUUUUUUUUUUUUUGUGUCUCUGAAGGAUUUGAAUGUCUUCUUCUCGCUGUGAUGUCUUAUGACAGAUAUGUGGCCAUCUGUAAUCCUCUUCAUUACUCCUCUAUCAUGACAAGUGAAUAUUGUGCAAAAUUGACCAUCAUCUGCUGGGUAUUUGGGUUUUCUAUUAUGUUAAUUUACACCAUAACAACGGCCAGUCUAAACUAUUGUGGACCAAAUGUCAUUGACCAUGUAUUCUGUGACCUUGUUCCUUUACUGGAACUUGCCUGUUCUAACACCUUUAUUAUUGAUUUAGAAGUUUAUUUGCUAAGCUUUCCAAUUGUCUUCAUCCCAACCACAAUCAUUGUAAUGUCUUAUACUUACAUUAUUUUAGCAGUCUUAAGGAUCUCAUCCAGUACUGGUAGACAGAAAGCCUUCUCCACCUGUAGCUCCCACCUCAUUGUGGUCUCCAUAUACUAUUGGACUAUAUUCAGUGUUUAUGUUGUCCCUACUAAAGGAAAAACAAUCACCAUGAGUAAAAUCCUCUCCCUGCUAUAUACUGUCUUUACUCCUUUGGUCAACCCCAUUAUAUACAGUCUGAGAAACAAAGACAUUUUACAAGCCAUAAAGGAAAAACGUCAUAAGCGUGUGAGCUGA